AGGAGGAGAAGAAGAAGAAGAAGAAGAAGAAGGAGGAGGAGUCAAAGGAGGAGGAGGAGGAAAGAGGAGGAAAGAUGGCGGCGGCAGAAACGGACAGAGAUCAGCCGUUCGCCUCCUGCGCUGACUUCAUGAACUUCUCCGCCAAAGACACGGCCUCGUGCUGGCUGCAAGCAGACCACCUGCAGCAGGACCUGUACCACCACCUCUCAGUCUACGUACCAAAGGUCUUCUGUUUGGGUCCGAGUGGUGGCAGCUGCAGGGAGGAGCAGAGGGAGGAACAGAGGGAGGAGCUGGCCUGUCAGCUCCUCCUGCUCGCCCCCCUGGAGUGGCUCCUGGUGGGGGAGGAGCCAGCUACUGGCUUUGCUCGACUGCAGGAAGACAAGCACCCGUCACUGCUGUGUGGUCAUGUGUUCAAGGUGGGAGAGCCCACCUACUCCUGCAGGGAGUGUGCAGCCGACUCCACAUGUGUUCUGUGUAUGCAGUGUUUCCAGGGAAGUGUACACAAAGACCACCGCUACAGGAUGACAACGUCUGGAGGGGGAGGUUUCUGUGACUGUGGAGAUCCUGAAGCCUGGAAGACAGGUCCAUGCUGUCAGAAACACACUCCUGCAGUCGGCAGCAGAGACAACGAGGAUCCUGUGUCUCAGCUGCCUCCUGACAUGGUGUCCAGGGCUUACAGCAUCUUCUUCAUCAUGUUGAAGUACGCUGUGGACAUGUUAACCUGGGAGCAGGAGGAACAGCUUCCUGCAGGCCUGGAGCCACC